CUUGCAGUCACAGUCAAAGUGACAACCUCAUAACAUCUGUAACGACUGACUGACCACUCGAAUCCCUAUCUCCAUCCCUCGAGUCAAGAAAGCCAAGAUGCGUUUCUCUACACCCUUACUUCUUACGGCUACCCUAGCCUCCACCUCUUCCGCUCACGUAGCCGAGCAAGCUCCGCGGGAUCCCAUGAUCACACCUGCUCCGGUCCUCAAGCCACGUGAGUCCUGGCAAGACGCCGUCGCAGCCGCCUUAGCCCAGGCCAGCGAGGCGCAAGCUCGUGCGAGCUCCAUCGCGCAGCAAUACAGUGGCGACGAUGCCAGCUGGCGGUCAGCCGAAAGCUCUGCUCUAGCCGCUGCCAGUUCUGCCGCUGCCGCCGCAAGCAGCAUCGCAGCUCAUUACAACGGGAAGCGAGAGAUUGACCCACGACAAGCGUGGAAGUCGGCUGAAUCCGCUGCCCUAGCUGCUGCCAGCGAGGCGGCGGCUAUCGCUAGCAGCAUAGCUGCGCAGUACGGAGGAAAGCGGGACUUAGACGAACGACAAGCUUGGAAAACAGCUGAGUCUGCCGCCGAGGCCGCAGCUAGCGAAGCGGCGGCUAUUGCAUCUAGCAUAGCGGCUCAAUGGGGAGGAAAGCGAGACCUCAAUGAGCGACAGGCAUGGAAGACCGCCGAGUCGGCUGCUGAAGCUGCGGCUAGUGAGGCUGCUGCUAUCGCAAGCAGCAUAGCAGCUGAAUUCGGUGGUGGGAAACGCGAUACCAAUGAACCCCUCCUUAUUGUUCGCCAGGCCUGGCAAGAGGCACAGAACGCGGCCGAGGCUGCGGCAAGUGAAGUCGUUGCUAUCGCUGAGGGUAUCGCGGGUCAGUUCGGUAGACGCCAGGACUGGCAAUCAGUCGUUAGCUCCGCUGAGAGCUUAGCUAGCUCGUGGCAAAGCGCCGGGCAGUCUAUCGGAAGCUCAUGGGACUCGGUUGGAAACAGUAUUGCUAGCUCCGCUGAUAGCUUUGCGAACUCUGUUGCUACUAGUGCCGAGGGUCUUGGCUCCUCAAUUGCAAACAGCGCGCAGAGCUUUGCUACGUCGGUUGUUAACAGCGCUGAGAGCUUGGCGUCUACCGCUGGUCAGGAUGCGGUGUCAUCUGCUAAUGCGGUUGUCUCGAGUGCUGAGAGCGUUGCUUCUACUGCUACCGGAAGCGACCAAGCUGCCGCUUCAUCGGCGGUAGAUAGCGCUCACUCUGCUGCAUCAUCUGCCGAGUCAGCCGCUUCAGCAGCAUCAACGAGCGCGACUGCGAAUGCUAGUGGAUCUAGCAGCACUGUCAAUACCAACGUUGCUCGAGGCACCGUUGAGUUAUCGUCCCCAUUGCUGAGCAUGGCGACUGCAGCUUUUGCUAUUUUUAUGGGAGCUAUCUUAUUGUAGAAGGAUAUUUAUAGAGGGUAUUAAGAUACAACAUAGGGAAUUUGUUGCAGCUAGACUACUAGCUACCAAUUUGGGUACAAGGCUAUAUAGAUGGAGGUGUUACACGGAGUAUAUGGACAUGAUGGUACGAAGAUAAUGAAUUAGUAUUAAUUGAAUUUGAACACAUAUUAUACGAUUAAUCCUCAUAUGAGAAUGACUUCAUCUUCGGGGUGUUAAGUGAAAGGAAUCUAUUAUUGAAAGUGUAGAGUGAAAAGCGAAGUUGUAGAUGAAAGAGUUGGGGAUGGUGAAGAUAGUGGGGCUCUCAUACCCCGACAAAACACUUAACGCGAACUAAACACGCUAUAAAUAUAGUGGGUUACGCGCCUUCCUACAGCGCGUCCCGGUCGCGAUUCCCAGCCACUCAUAAUUGCCAAUUAGUGGUAAUUAAAGCUUACUCCAUACCGUACCUACCAACUUUCAGUGAGAGGGGGAUAAU